AUGCCCGUGAUGCGUGGCUUGAUCGCACCGCAAAACACCUUCUUGGAUACCAUCGCUACUCGGUUCGACGGAACCCAUAGCAACUUUGUGCUUGGGAAUGCCCAGGUCCAAACACUCUACCCCAUUGUCUACUGCUCCGAUGGCUUCUGUGAAUUGACCGGCUUUGCUCGCGCUGAGCUGAUGCAGAAGAGUUGUACAUGUACCUUCCUAUAUGGUGGAGAAACCAGUGACCACCUCACCUCGCAGAUGCAGAGAGCUCUGGAUGAGCGGCGGGAGUUCAAGACUGAAAUCAUCCUGUACAAAAAGAGUGGUUCCAAGUUUUGGUGUCUGCUGGACAUUGUGCCCAUAAAGAAUGAAAAAAGUGAGGUGGUUCUGUUCCUAGUCUCGCAUAAGGACAUCACAGAAAACAAGGACCAGGACCAUGGCAAUGAGUCUGACUCUGAUUCAAAAACAGGGCUGGAGGUACACCAGAUUAACCGCCCAGCAGGCUAUAGUACGGAGCGUCGCCGAAGUCGUGCUGUCCUUUACCAGCUGUCUGGACAUCUUCAGAAGCAAGACAAGACCAAGAGCAAACUCAACAUCAACAAUAGUGUUUUGGGAGCCAAUGCUAACCCGGUGCCUGAGUACAAAGUGGCAGACAUCCAGAAGUCCCGCUUUAUCCUUCUCCAUUAUGGCGCUUUUAAGGCUGGCUGGGAUUGGCUGAUAUUGUUGGCAACUUUUUAUGUCGCCGUCACGGUUCCCUACAAUGUCUGCUUCACAGCAGUUGAGGUACGAGAGGAUGGUGCGUCAACAGCAAGAAGCCCACCCAGUGUCAGUGACAUCUUGGUCGAAAUUCUCUUCAUGAUUGAUAUCGUGCUAAAUUUCAGAACCACUUACGUGAGCACAUCUGGUCAGGUUGUGUACGACGCUCGCUCCAUUUGCAUUCAUUAUGUCACAUCCUGGCUGUUUGUGGACCUGAUCGCUGCCUUGCCCUUCGACCUGCUGUACGCUUUCAAUAUCAGUGUGAACUUUGGGGUCCACCUGUUGAAGACGGUCCGUCUUCUGCGCCUUUUGAGACUUCUGCAGAAGCUGGACCGCUACUCCCAGUACAGCGCCGUGGUCCUCACCUUGCUCAUGUCUACAUUUGCCCUGCUAGCUCACUGGAUGGCAUGUGUCUGGUACUUUAUCGGCCGCAGUGAGAUUGAAAGUAACAGCCCAGCUUCUUGGGACAUAGGGUGGCUUCAUGAACUCGCCAAACGUGUGGGCACACCAUAUUUCUUGGCACCACUGACCUCCCUACUGGGAGUGUCUGAUUCGCCUCAACGCCCUGUGGCACCAGAACUGAUUAACUCCAGUCAGUGGAACAGCUCUGGUCUCGAACCAUUGAAUGGAGAAGGUUUGUUUGGUGCGGCCCAGUGGAACAGUAGUAGGCCCCGCGUAAGGUUGCCAGGUGUCACUGGCAUGGCGCUGAGCGGCGGUCCAUCCGUGCGGAGCUCCUAUGUGACAUCGCUUUACUUUGCUCUGAGCAGUCUGACCAGUGUAGGUUUUGGCAACGUUUCAGCUAACACAGACUCAGAGAAGAUCUUCUCCAUCUGCACCAUGCUGAUUGGAGCAUUAAUGCACGCCGUAGUGUUUGGUAAUGUGACUGCCAUCAUCCAGAGAAUGUACUCACGACGCUCCCUAUACCACACCCGCACCAAGGAUUUAAAGGACUUCAUCAGAGUGCACCGGCUCCCCAAAGCCCUUGAGCAGCGUAUGAUGGAGUGUUUCCAGACAACUUGGUCGGUCAACAACGGCAUUGACGUCAGCGAGCUGCUGAAGGACUUCCCAGAUGAGCUGAGGGCUGACAUUGCCAUGCACCUUAAUAAGGAGCUGCUGCAGCUGCCACUUUUUGAAUCAGCCAGCAGAGGAUGUCUACGCUCCCUCUCACUAAUCAUUAAGACAUCCUUCUGUGCGCCAGGGGAAUUCCUAAUCCGUCAGGGCGAUGCCCUACCAGCCAUCUACUUUGUGUGCUCUGGCUCCAUGGAAGUGUUGAAGGACAACACUGUGCUCGCCAUUCUGGGAAGAGGUGACUUGAUUGGCUCUGACUGUCUGACACAGGAAGCAGUCAUUAAGACCAAUGCCUGUGUCAAGGCACUGACUUACUGUGACCUGCAAUAUAUCAGCCUUAAAGGGCUCCGCGAGGUUCUUUCUCUUUACUCUGACUACACCCAGAAGUUCCUUACAGAAAUCCAACACGACCUAACGUACAACCUCAGGGAAGGACACAGCACGGAGGCCGACUGUGAGAGCAACGGCGGACUUGUGAAGAAGCUUCCCUCCAUCAAAGAGGAUGAAGAAGGGUCAAACUCUGAGGAAGAACACUCACCUCUCCUGAAGAUGCCGCCCGUGGGCAGGCUGGGCCGAGGCCUGCGCUCACCCCUACGAUCCCCUUUGCGCUCCCCGCUGCUCCCGCCGAGACCCUUCAGACCACCGAACGAUCACACUCGACCGGCUGGUCUGCAGAUUCCUGUAGUGAGCUUCAGCUGCCUGCAGCCAGAGCUCAGCCCUCGCUUUGUAGAUGGCACUGAAACAGAAAAUAAAAGCGCUCAAGACACAAAGUUUGACUUUACUCAUACCAGCACUACACAGCGCUGUCUAUCCAGCCCCGAUCCAGUCACAGAGGAUGAUGACGGCGACACAAUGAAGGCUAUCGCGAAGCUUAAGCGAGAGAUGAAGGUUCUCUCCCACCAAGUAACCAACGUGAGCCAGGACCUUCAAGAAAUGACUCGACUUCUCAAACCACUUUUUCACAACCCCGCCAACCUGUUGAUGCCCAGUGCCAUCACUCCACCUCCCAGCGUUUCUUCGCACGGUUGCUCCCCGGCACCACCGAUUUUUAUACAGCAAGGAGAGGGACAACAUCUUCAGUGCAUCCCGAUAGCAGAGCCAUCAGCGCCUACGCUCAGCGUGACAGGAUUGGACUGUUGCAGGAGUGCACACGCAGCAGAGUUUGACCCCAUUCACUGUUCCAAUUCACAAAUCACAGCCUCAGUUAAUGCUGCAGCUGGGUCUCCUUGCUCAGCUCCACCAUCCCUUCAAAAUUCCCCACACGAGCAGAAGCUAAUGCCAGUUCCCUCCUGGUCAGCCUCUAUCCCCUCACUCUCGUUGCCACGCACACCUCCUUUGCAGGACUUAACUGGGCAGAGUUUUGAGCCAACAGCCAGAGGCUCGUCCCAAUACUGGCCCCAGGCACAACACACCACUCAGCUCAGUUUCGUGGAUGAGGGGCAGCCGUGA